CGAGAGAUCGUAUUUUUUAAAAUGCUAGUACUUCAGCUUUUCUGCAUGUUGUUCAUCCUUCGGCAAGGACUAGCUGAUGUGGAGACCCCGACCACCGAAUCUCCCAAUAGGAUAAAUGGUGGGCAGCGGGUGAACGAGACGGUGCCCUUCCAGGUGUCCCUGCAAAUGCAGCGACGUGGACGCUGGCAGCACUUCUGUGGAGGAUCCAUUGUGAGCGGUCAGCACGUCCUUACGGCGGCCCACUGUAUGGAGAAGAUGAAGGUCGAGGACGUAAGCGUGGUCGUUGGGACGCUGAACUGGAAGGCCGGUGGACUACGUCACCGGGUCGUGACCAAGCACGUCCAUCCCCAGUAUUCGAUGAAUCCUCGGAUCAUCAACGACAUCGCCCUGGUCAAGGUAACUCCGCCGUUUCGCUUGCAGCGAUCUGAUGUCAGUACCAUCCACAUCGGUGGCUCGGAUCGCAUUGGCGAGAAGGUUCCCGUCCGCCUCACCGGCUGGGGAUCCACCACUUCAUCGACUUCCUCGGCGACUCUGCCGGAUCAGCUGCAGGCCCUGAACUAUCGCACCAUCUCAAACGAGGAUUGCAACCAGAAGGGAUUUCGGGUGACUCGGAACGAGAUCUGCGCCCUGGCCGUCCAGGGUCAAGGAGCUUGUGUGGGCGACUCUGGGGGACCCCUGAUUAAGCCUGGUCUGCAGCCGCACCUAGUGGGAAUUGUCUCGUACGGAUCAUCCACCUGUGCCCAGGGCAGACCCGAUGUCUACACACGGGUGUCCAGUUUUCUGCCCUACAUCAGCCAGGUGAUCAACCAAGACUUGGCUCAAUAAAUACCCAACUGUAGCGCAUAAAUAAAUCGAGCCUCUGCCCGAACUUGAGUGAAUUCCUCGAAGUCUUGCAUUCUUGGUCAC